UACUUUUACCCUAGUUCUCUACAAAGCCCCAGCUCCCGCACGAGAGCGAGCGAAGAGCGAGAGAGAGAGAGAGAGAGAGAGAGAGAUAGAUGAAGGUGGUGGCGUUGGUGAGCGGCGGCAAGGAUAGCUGCUUCGCCAUGAUGCGAUGCAUCGAUUACGGCCACGAGAUUGUUGCUUUGGCUAAUCUUAUGCCGAUGGAUGAUUCCGUGGAUGAAUUGGAUAGCUAUAUGUAUCAAACUGUUGGCCACCAAAUUAUAGUUAGCUAUGCGGAAUGUAUGGGGUUGCCCCUGUUUCGAAGGCGGAUUCGAGGAACGUCAAGGGAUCAGCGUCUUAAUUAUGCCAUCACUCCUGGAGAUGAAGUAGAGGAUUUGUUUAUUCUGUUGAAUGAAGUUAAACAACAGAUCCCUUCUAUUACUGCAGUAUCUUCUGGUGCAAUUGCAUCUGAUUACCAGCGGCUACGAGUUGAGAGUGUGUGCUCGAGGUUAGGCCUUGUUUCUCUGGCUUAUUUAUGGAAACAAGAUCAAACUUUCCUCCUUACAGAAAUGAUAAGAAGGGGUAUUUUAGCAAUCACUGUUAAGGUCGCGGCAAUAGGGUUGAGCCCUGCAAAGCACUUAGGCAGAGAACUUGCUGAUCUGGAGGUCCCACUUCUUGAACUAAAAGAGCGUUAUGGGAUAAAUGUGUGCGGGGAAGGAGGAGAAUAUGAGACAUUAACUCUCGAUUGUCCUUUAUUUAGUAAUGCAAGAAUUGUUCUGGAUAAAUAUGAUGUUGUACUGCACUCCGCCGAUUCCAUUGCGCCGGUUGGCAUUAUUCACCCUUUGGCUUUCCAUCCGGAAUACAAAAACGAAAAUUCAUCUCGUAGCAGUUCCAAUGACAAUGUUGUUUCAAACGGAUUGCACAAGGUACAUGAAGUUGAAGGAGAUUUUGUAUUACCUGAUAUUGUUAAAUGUCAGUCCUCAGAUUUGCCAUCUGAUGCUGAGAAGAAACUAGAAUUGUGUAUUUCAAACAUGGGGGGAGAAUUGUUUUCACUUGGUUGCUGGAUUCAAAAUCCUUCCAGAACAUCGAAGGGCCUUCAGGAUGAUUUGGCAUCAGUUCUUAGGAGAAUUGAGUUGCAACUCAGUGAAAAUGGUUUUGAUUGGUCGAACGUUCUAUAUGUCCACCUUUACAUUUCAAAUAUGGAAGGAUUUGCAUUGGCCAACGAAGUGUAUGUGAAGUUCAUUACUGAAAAGAAGUGCCACUUGGGUGUUCCAUCACGCAGUACGAUCGAACUGCCUCUGUUGGAGGUUGGCCUUGGUAGUGGGUAUGUUGAGGUUUUAGUAGCCAAAGAACAGAGCAAAAGAGUUCUUCAUGUACAGAGUAUAUCAUCUUGGGCGCCUAGUUGCAUCGGACCGUACAGCCAGGCAACUUUAUUCAAAGAAGUUCUUUAUAUGGCUGGUCAGUUAGGGCUUGAUCCGCCUACGAUGAUGCUUUCCCCUGGCGGUGCCACCGCCGAACUAGAACAGGCACUAAUAAAUUGCGAGGCAGUGGCCAACUGCUUCAACAGCUUUAUCUCCUCGUCGACCAUUCUUUUUGUUAUAUACUGUUCUUCGUGUCUGACAUCUACUGAGAGGGUUGAAAUCCAGCACAAAAUGGCACAUUACAUUCAACAAGAAGCCUCUAAUGUGCAUCAGACGAGGAGAAUGCCCAAUCCCAUUUUCUUAUAUAUCCUUGCACCAGAUCUUCCAAAAGGAGCAAGUGUCGAAAUAAAACCUGUCCUUUACGUCCCAGAAAAUGCUGAGGAUGAAGUUCAGAUCAGAGAAUCACGGCCAGCAUCGAAGAUAUCAAAGCAAUUGAACGAUUCCGCUUUACAGGUUUACGCCAUCAGUGGAAAGAUAUGCACAGUAUUAGUUUCGGUAACUAACGACUUCGUGAAAAAGAGUUGCUCCGAAACUGAUGUGAAAAGCGGGAACUGGCAUAGAUCUGAAAGGAACCUGCAAACUAUGGCGACGUUCUGCGUUGUGUUUCUCAAUAAAAUCCUCUCGGAGAACGACUUCUCGUGGGGAGACUUGAUAAAUCUGAGGUUCUACUACACAACUAAUCUUUUCGGAUCCGCGGACACACUAGAUAAGAUAUUCACCGAGGCUUUCGCCGAACUCUCUUUGGUUAACAAUUGCAUCAAGAUCGGCGAAACGCCGAGAUAUAACCUCGUGCCGGUCUUAGGCUCGGGACGAUCUGCGUCGAUGGACGACAUAAUCACCUGUGAAUUAUUUGCAUCAAAACUUUGAGAUUGUUGAUUCCUUGUUGUACUGCAAGAAAGAAAUAGCAUUUGUAAGUGUAAAAUAUUGUUAAUUGUUCAGUAAUUUAAGCUGUAAUCCUUAGGCGAAUCACCACCUUAUUUUUAAAUAAAAAUCCCUCCAAAUCCUUAGUUAUCAUCA